UUAGGGCACGUUCACACUGGGGAAUCCGGCGUCUACAGCGAACGGAAUUCUCCUGCCGCCGAAAUUCGCGCCGUUCACACUGCUUGCCCUCCGCGCCGCCGGAACGCGAUACAGCGCCAUCUGCGGUGUAAAGCGCUAACCUCCAAACAAGCGCGGGAUAUACCGGAUGUGCCCGCAGCCUCGAAACUGCGCAGUUAUCUCCGCUCGCGUAGAGUUCGCGUUGUUUAUUUUGCGCCUCGUCGCUGCAAGCAACGACAAUGAACACUGAGCAAGAAGAGGCAGUACUGCUAGGCUUGUUGGCAAGCACUUUUCUGGCGAUGCACGACGCGGAGAAGCAUUCGCAGAAGAGACGACGCCAGCGGCGGUGGUGGGUUCGUCCUGCUUUGCAAGAGCGCGAAAAGCUUGGUCACGCCACCAAACUACUACCCCUUCUGCGAGAUCGCGACGUGGAGUACUACCGAGAGUACCUAAGGAUGCCUCCACGUACUUUCGACACGCUCGUGCAGCUUGUCGGACCCCACAUUCGGAAGAAAGACACUAAUUUCCGGAAAGCAAUCAGCCCCGAGCACCGGCUUGCGCAAACUGUCAGGUUCUUGGCUGCAGGGGAAACUCUCCGCUCGUCUUGUUUCAGUUUCCUAAAUGGACGCUCGACAGCAUGUGGCAUUGUGUCGUCGGUGUGCCAGGUGCUGUGGGACGUCCUUGGACCUUUAUAUGUUGCCUGUCCAUCAAGUGCAGAUGAGUGGCUACAGAUUGCAAGCGACUUCGAGGAACGGUGGAACAUGCCCCACUGUGUGGGCGCAAUCGAUGGAAAACAUGUUGCCAUCGAAUGCCCCUCAAAAUCAGGAAGUGAGGACUACAACUACAAAAACUGUUUCAGUAAAUCACUGCUUGCUAUCAGCGACGCCUGCUACAGAUUUCUGUACGUAGAAAUAGGACACCACGGGAGUGACUCAGAUGGUGGAGUGUUCAGCCGAAGUAGGCUACAAGAGGCCAUUCUUUCAAACAAGCAAGGAUUUCCCCCCGAUGCACCGCUUGGCAACGUUGGCAAUAUUCCCUUCUACUUGGUGGGAGAUGAAGCGUUUCCCUUAAAGACCUACAUGAUGCGGCCAUAUCCCCGGAAAAGUCUUCACCCAUUUUUGGCUGCUAGCACGGAGGAGGAGCAGUUACAUGGUGACCAAGGCGAUUCUGCAUUGACGAGCCACUUCGCUGAGCCCCACAGCAAAAGGAUAUUUAACUACCGUCUGAGCAGAGCCCGUCGGGUCAUAGAGAAUGCCUUCGGCAUAAUGGCACAAAAGUGGCGCAUCCUGCGCCGCCCGUUCAAAGCUAAGGAUGACAACGUGAGAAGAAUUAUCUCUGCUUGUGUCGUUCUGCACAACUUCCUGCUCAAGGAGUCCCCCACUUCCCGGUCUGCAUACUGCCCUCCUGGAACAGCUGACCACCUAGACUGGCAAGGAAACAUCACUGAAGGCAGCUGGAGGGCCGAGGAUAGCAGCAACACUGCACUGCCACCACUGCGUAGCACAGGCUGUCACUCAACCAGAGCGGCCUACAGAGUGCGAGACCUCCUUGCCAAGUACUUCGUCACUGAUGGCAAGAUCCCUUGGCAAGAGUACAUGAUCAAGGACAGAACACUGUGCAGUGGUGUUACCGGGAGUGGUGAUGCCCCUGCCCCUGAAAGCUCAUCCUGAGAACUUGCGUCAUAAAUGGCAUCCUCCAGCUGCGGUGUCUCUGCAACCUCCGUGCUGCCCUCUGUGCUCGUACUUGGUCGAUCCACGUUUGGUGUUCUGUGUUAUGUGUCAUUGACAAAAACAAUCAUGCGAAACAAUUUUGAGCUUCCUCACUGCUUUGUUGAAUAGCGUUUGUAUCAAAUGACCACUGGUGAUUGCUUUCAAGCAGUGCAAAAUUACUUCGUGGAACUGGAGAAAAACAUAAUUUCAGAGGAAUUUUUCCAAUAUGUGCCAUGCAGUGACGAAAAUAUGUACUAAAGCCACAAUACACUGCACUGUGUUCAGUGCAAUUUGAGUGCAGUUUUUGGUUCUUUUGACGUACGACUUCAUUUACACUUUAAGGAUGGAAAACGAGCUGAACUCAUCAAGCGCAUACUUUGUAAAAAAGGACAAAUGACGAGACUAGCUCGUCGAGACGUUUUUUUUUUUAUAGCAGGCUAGAUCUUGCUGACCAAGUUAUAAUGCUGAAAAGUAAACGUGGUGAUUGUUAGAGCUCAUCUGCUUCAAGUGUUUAAGUGUAGGUGAAUUUGAAGUGACAUUGGUGAGCAGUAAAACCCCCAUUUGCUUCAGUACAAAAAUUUUUUUCAAGUAAGCCCUUCGGACCAAACUUUUUUGCAUAAUGUCCCUUUAUGUGAUCAUUAGAUUUGUUUGCACGCAUAGAAAACGUGGCUUUUUUGCAAGUUGUCUGAAUAUUAUUUCCAUCCUUAAAGGGUCAACACACACCUUUUUACAGCCAAAUUUAUUGGAAGCUCUGUGAGAGCUC